GGAUGAUACCCCGAUACACGCACUCUGACCCCAGACAUCGCGCGGUACGGACAAACACAUAUCUGUUUUUUUAAUAAAAAAAAAUAGUGCCAGUGACUUUGUGUCGUGAUUUUCGUGUGUGCAAGGGCCCCAUGAAGCGGCUGUCAUGCACAUAGCGACAUUGAUUGCAUUCGUGCAGCUGUCGCUUGCUACAGCUGUUUCAGAUGGCAUCCAGACCUUGACCGCUGCGGAACUGAACUUGGAGCUCUCUGGUGACAAUUCCUUGUCACCAUUCUACGAGAGCGGAGAUGACACUGCUGUGCACUUUAUGCGGGGUUCCAGACAGGCGGACUCACCCCUGUCACCCGACAUCGAUGUGCAAUGUACCGAAGAUUUCAUACAAGUGACCGUCGAAUUCGCUGAUGUAUUCGACGGUAUUAUAUACAGUAAAGGAUUCCUCAACGAUCCCAGAUGCAAAUAUGUGUCGUUGGGAGGCAGCGAGUCGCGCUACGAGUUCAGAGUACCCCUGGACGGUUGCGGCUCUCGUCCUCUCUGCAACGCUUGUGGCACCAUCGAUAAUGUCCUCGUCUUCCAAGCCGAUGACUUCGUUCAAGGAGCUACUGACUUAGCUAGAAAGAUAUCAUGCGCAAGAACAACUUUCGAAGUGUCAGCCGAAGGGGCAAAGGAGGAACAAGGCCACGUACUGAAGUUAAAGCCCUUCAUGGUGGACAUGUUGGACGUUGUUGCUGUAGAAGGGCUCGGAAGCGGCGUUGAAUGCUGGAUGGACAUUCAAAAGGGAGUCUUUCCUAAUACAACUCCUUUUGAAAGUUCAAUAAAAAUCGGCGAAUAUCUUACUAUUUUGGUAUACUUGAAAGAUCAGAGAAAUCAAUUUAACCUAAAAAUUCAUGAUUGCUGGGCUUAUGACAAUGAUAAUUACGACAGUCCCAAGACGAAUAGGAUCCAACUGACUGACAAACAAGGAUGCCCUAAGAAAAAGAAGCUUAUCGACCAAUGGCAAAAAUCAAGAAACACGGGCAAAAGUGGAGCGACUUUAAUCGCAUAUAGCAAAGUGAGCGCUUUCAGAUUCCCUGAAACGGAUCAAGUGUAUUUAACAUGUAACGUAGAGCUCUGUACGAAAAACUGCGAUUCGAGUUGUGACGGCGUAAUAAAAGAGAUUUCAACGACAAUAAGACCUCAAAAGCAAUGUUAUCCAGGGUCACCUGAUCCGCAAUGCCCGACAGUCAGACCGCAAAUUAAAUGCUACCCAGGAAGCACAGACCCACGUUGUCCCACACCCUCAACGCCUGCACUUCCAAACUGUUACCCAGGAAGCACAGACCCACGUUGCCCCAAACCUACAACUCCAGCACCUCCAAACUGUAACUUAGGAAGCACAGACCCGCGUUGUCCUAAACCAACAACACCCGCGCCUCCAAACUGUUACCCAGAUAGCUCAGAUCCUCGUUGUCCUAAACCCACAACUCCUGCACCUCCAAACUGUUACCCAGGAAGUAGAGAUCCAAGAUGUCCCCAGACGUCUUCCCCUAAACCUGUAUGUUAUCCAGGUUCUCCCGACCCUAAUUGUCCACAACCUUCACGACCUACUACAAUAAAUCCUCCGACGUAUUUGCCACCUACGACUCCAGAAUUAAAAUGUUACGCUGGAUCGACAGAUGCACGGUGUCCGAAACCAACAACACCCGCGCCCCCAAAUUGUUACCCAGGAAGCACAGACCCGCGAUGUCCUAAAGCAACGACACCUGCCCCACCAAAAUGUUACCCAGAAAGCGCAGACCCGCGUUGUCCCAAACCUACAACAACCGCGCCUCCAAACUGUUACCCAGGAAGCAGAGACCCGCGUUGCCCAAAACCGACAACUACCGCACCUCUAAACUGUUACCCGGGAAGCAUAGACCCCCGUUGUCCUAAACCAACGACACCUGCAAGACCUAACUGUUACCCAGGAAGCACAGACCCGCGUUGUCCCAAGCCUACAACUCCGGCACCUCCAAACUGUUACCCAGGAAGCUCAGACCCGCGUUGUCCUAAACCUACUACACCUGCUCCACCAAACUGUUACCCCGGUAGCAGCGACCCACGUUGUCCUAAACCAACAACUUCAAUACCACCUUACUGUUAUCCUGGUAGCAAUAAUCCUAGAUGUCCUCAAUCAUCUACCUCUAAACCUAUUUGCUACCCGGGUUCCAAUAAUCCUAACUGCCCUCAGUCUUCAACAUCAACAAUUGUUUUACCAACCACCACUCAAAACGCUCCUAAUUGCUAUCCAGGAAGUAACGACCCAAGAUGCCCACAGCCUAGCUCAACACCCAGCUCCUGUUAUCCGGGAUCUAAAGACCCCAAGUGUCCGCAACCAUUCGCUCCAAGCAGCACCAAUCCACCAUCCACGUAUUUACCACCUUUCCCCGCGGAUAAUGAGAUAAAAUCUGCACGGACAAGUAGACUGGCAGAGAAAACUUUGGAUUACUACGACGAACCGCUGUUAGAUAUUGAUAAUUUCGAGUUUACACGUACCAAACCUAGGACGAGAAAUACCAGAGAUGUCAGUAAAGUAAACAGCGAUUUAAUAGAAGCAUCCACUGGACUAGGAGUGAUUCAAAUAGCAAUCGGCGGCUGCACUUUCCUGGCUGUUCUAUCUAUCGCACUUGCCGUCUACUUGUACAAGAAUAAAUGGUCAAACAAACACUCAAGUCAAACGUUGAGAGAUCACCCCUGCUAAUUAAUAUGAAAACUCCUAUAGUUAAACACGUCGUCCGAUAUACUACGAUUUUAUUUUUUAAAUUUAUUUUAAUUUUGCAUUAUAUGCUGUAGGGAUUAACUUAUAAAAUAUACUGAUCACUGCCUUCUUAGCUUUAUAACAUUUUCUUUUCAGGCGCUUGUUAUAAGAUGCCUAUUUUAUUUUUAAAUAAAAUAGUGCCAUAGAAUCAAACUGUAGACUCAGUAGUAUAUCAAAAUUUUAACGAAAAUUAUUUUACAAUUAUUGAAAUACUACUUUGAACGCACUAUUUGAUGGAACACAGAAUGUUUGUAAAUAUUAUCCCUAGUCAAAAUGUUUUACAGUGAAAUGAAAUUACGAUAAAAUAUCUUUUAAUGUAUUUUUACUUUACUCAUUUUGUGAUAUUCUUUUUUUGUAUAUAAUUUGCCAGUGUAUUAUUGUGGCCAUCGUACUAUAAAAUAUAGUUAUUAACUCAACAAUUUAAACGGCUGAUUAUUGUGGAUAGUAAAAAUAUUUGAUUACCUUAUAUGGGAAUAUUUUUACAAUCAAAAUGAUCAGACGGAAAAAUGAUAUAAAUGAAUUGUUUGCAGGAUUGCUCAUUGAGUCAAUUGAAAUAAACAUUCUAUGAAUGUUCCA